GCCGCGUCCCGACGGGAGACGUCGAUUUGACGCGAAAAGUAGGUUAGCAUGUUUCAAAAUGAUUGUAAAUAGAGUAUAGUGAGUAUGAAGUUUGCCGAGCAUUUAUCAGCCCAUAUCACGCCAGAAUGGAGGAAGCAGUACAUAAAUUACGAGGAAAUGAAAUCGAUGCUCUACGCUGCCGUAGAGCAAUCUCCUUCUGCGGAACUAGUCGAGCCAGAAAUAUUGUCCAGAUAUUUUGCGAAAUUUGACGAGCAGUUUUUCUCUUUUGCCGAUAAAGAGUUGACCAAAAUAAAUACAUUUUAUAAUGAGAAAUUAGCCGAAGCAACCAGAAAAUUCGCCAGCUUACAGAGCGAACUGAGCGAAGCUCAAGGGGUGGAGAACUUCAAGCAAGGAAAGACAUCAAUAAGAAAAAAUAUCCUCCGUAAGAAGAAUGUUCCUGCUAGAAAAAUCCAAGAGCUGAAACUGGCCUUCAGCGAGUUCUAUCUCAGUCUUAUACUCCUCCAGAAUUACCAGAACUUGAACUUCACAGGUUUCAGGAAGAUCUUGAAGAAACACGAUAAGCUUUUCAGCGUCGACGUUGGGGCAAGAUGGAGGGUGAAGAAGGUGGAAAGCUCUCAUUUCUACACGAACAAAGACAUCGACAGACUGAUCAGGGAAACAGAGAGUACAGUGACGCAGGAUUUAGAAGGGGGGGACAGACAAAGGGCCAUGAAAAGGUUGAGGGUUCCGCCACUGGGCGAGCAGCAGAGCCCGUGGAUAACCUUCAAAGUGGGUCUAUUUUCCGGGUCUUUCAUGAUUUUGGUCAUAGCGGUGAUAAUAUCAGGUUUGUUCCAUAAGGAAAGAGACGAUUGGAGGAUAGCUUUUCGGCUAUACAGGGGACCCUUUCUGGUGAUCGAGUUUCUGUUUCUCUGGGGUAUCAACAUUUACGGAUGGCGGUCUUCAGGGGUGAACCACGUGCUGAUCUUCGAAAUGGACCCAAGGAACCAUCUCUCUGAGCAGCAUAUAAUCGAACUUGCUGCUAUAUUCGGCGUCAUCUGGUCAGUAUCAGUAUUAUCAUUCCUAUACAGCGCAGAACUUGGAAUUCCCGCCUACUUGAACCCACUGAUUCUGAUACUGCUGAUGGUGGGGUUUUUGUUCAACCCCCUGAGGAUUAUGAGACACGAAGCUAGAUUUUGGGCUCUGAGGGUCUUGGGAAGAAUAGUCACCACUCCCUUCGUCUACGUUACAUUUGCCGAAUUCUGGAUAGCAGAUCAAUUGAACAGCUUGGUGUGUCUGUUCGUCGACAUUCAGUACUUCCUAUGCUUCUAUCUCACCAUCUCAGAUUGGGACAAGGGUGUAGAUAACAACUCUUGCGUUGAGAAUCACAUGUUCAUAAGACCGGUUAUGGCCUGUCUUCCGGCAUGGUUCAGGUUCGCCCAGUGUCUCAGACGUUAUAGGGAUACCAAGGAGGCUUUUCCGCACUUGGCCAAUGCGGUGAAAUAUUCGACAUCCUUUUUCGUUGUUAUAUUCUCGGCGUUGAAUACGGUGUUCCCAAAGAGGGGAAUGGAAGACAAUCCUUUUUUCUAUCUCUGGAUUGGGGCGUCUGUUGUAAGCUCUUGUUAUGCCUACACAUGGGACAUAAAACUGGAUUGGGGCUUAUUUGACGCGAAAGCUGGCGAUAACAGGUUUCUCAGGGAAGAAAUUGUGUACUCCUCGAUGUGGUUCUACUACUUCGGAAUCAUUGAAGAUCUCAUUCUGAGAUUCGCUUGGGCUUUCUCAAUGUCUCUCACGGAAAUGGGAUAUGUUCAUGCUGACCUGAUGGUGACUUUGCUAGCUCCCUUGGAAGUUUUCAGACGCUUCAUGUGGAACUUUUUCCGUUUGGAAAACGAACAUCUCAACAACUGCGGUAAAUUCAGGGCCGUUCGAGACAUAUCUGUCGCACCAUUGGACACGUCGGAUCAGACCUCCAUCUUGAGGAUGAUGGACGAAGAAGAUGGCGUCACAAAUAGGAGAAAGAAAAAAAGUGCUCCUAAAAAGAAGGAAGAGCAAAGACUCACACUGGAAGGCGAAUCUACCGAUGAUAUGGACAACACGUGAAAAAUAAAAAUUGUUGUUUUUAUGUUCCAUUAUACAAGUAUUUGAGAGUAUUAACUAUUGAAUAUAGAUAAUGCAUUUAUUGAUUUACUCGAUGUAUAAAUAGAUUAUUUUAUCAAG